UGUUGAAGAUGUCGGAAACCACAAGGUUUGAGGCAGCUUAGGCGUGUUCAUUACAAAGUGGCAUGGACAUCGAAGAUAGAAAUGUGGUCUCGAGCUGGCUCCCGCUUUUCGGAACGGCACACGAAUUUCCUUGGACAACCACCAGGUCUGCAGAGAUAGAAUCCCGACGCGCGCAGAUGGCCGACAUCCUCAUUUUUGACGUUCUGCUCAUACGUGGCGGUAUUCGUCAACCAGACAUGUUGUAUCCGCCCACAGACCUACAUUCACUCCACAGGCUGUUGGAUGUCAUCAAUGGCUCGAGUUAUGACAGCUUGAAGAAGGACUGCUUGGUUUACAUCCUCUUGAAGUGGUUUCAAGACGGACGAGAGGCUACUUUCGCGGAGGAGAGGUGUAUUCCACCACAGUUUGUGUCCCUUGCAGAUGCAUAUUGGCAUCUGGACACUGGCAUCCAUGUCGAGAAAGCAGUGUCAAUACUAUCAGAUGCUCGACUUAAUAGGGACUAUGCAUCCAAAAUUAUGCAAGCGCUCUCAUUAUCCGAGAACCCGUCCCCACUCAUCGUGAAAUAUGUCCGCACCGCCAAGCCCCCGCUCGUGGAACCUGACGACAUUGAUAUGUAUGCGCUCGCACUUGCUAACUCGAGUCUUUGGGAUGCAUGGCAAUUCCAACGCACUUUUCCUGAUUCCUCUGACACACGUUCACGGCUACUCCAUAAGCUCUUAGAGUGGUGUCUUUCGCCCAAACCACGCCCUGGACCGUUGGCACAACUCGUGGCAUUCCCUCUAUCCUCUAUGGAACAGUCUCUACUCCAUGCAUAUGCUCUCAAACCCCCGCAUGACCUUCCAUCAGCUUCUAUUGCCAUAGCACAAGACCUUGUCUGUGUCCGACUCGUCCAAAGUGGAGACUUUGCUGCAGCCAUCAAACUAGACCGUCAGUUCUCUGUGGCAGGGUCUGCGGGUACAGAGGUUGUCAAAGCUGCACGAGAGAGGAAGAAGAUGAUGGAUGAUAUCUUGGCGAAUAUGACAUAUGUAGAAAGGACGUCGCUGGAGAACGAGCUUGGCCAGCCGAGUACGCUGGUUCCUGCCCCGAUGCCCCAGUUAGCGAAACCUGCGCCUCCGAAGCCCAGAGCACCUCUAGGCGAUCUCAGCAUGUCAUGGGAGGAGAUUCCAUCUACGAGUUCUCUGAAUGGGGCUUCCCCUCGUAGAACGGACAGUCUGACUCCCCGACUUCCCGAAAAGCAUGCCAGUCUUUCUGGUUCUGGCCGUCUUGAGCCAAAAUCAUCACUUGUUGGCUCUGUUCCAGGCAGUCUCUUCUCCUCCUCAUCGUCCCAAAAGCCUCCCGCUGCAUCGCCCUUCGCUCAGCUUCCACCCCGCAAACCCGUUUCUGCGCCGCCUGUCCCCCUCGUGGGCCCAUCCGGAAUCACGUUCGCGCACAGCACCGCCUUAUCGAAGGCUAUGCAUGCAUCGAGCGCUCCAACUACGUCACUCUUUGAGAAGACUGGUAGUGCCAAACAGGCACCAAAUGCGUUCUACAAACCACCUCCAGCACCGAAUGGAACGAGUCGUGCACUUCAUACGGAAGAAGUGGCCACACGGCCUCAUACUCGCGAGGAAGAUGAUAUCAGCAUGGAAUCUGAUGACGACAAUGCCUUCAUCACCCAUGAAGACGGCGACGUCACUACCAUGCCGGGCGAUGUGGAUGAUGCGCCUGAGCUUGCCUUCUCCGUGUUCGGCAACAAGAGCGCAGCCUCACCUGAGCACCGCACCCGUGCGCCCGCGUCUAAGCAGGCAGAAACCAAGAAACGUGCGCCUCCAGGCGCAUUUUAUGAUGAAGACGAGGACGAAAGCGAUGUUGGUUCCCCUCGCAGAAACGCCUUUCCGCAACAACGCGGCGCCCGUCGGUCUCAGCCCCGUGCGCAUUCACCCAGCUCUCGAAGCAAAACCGUCAGUUCCCGUAAAGAUAAUAUCAAGGGCCCUGCUCCCACACAGAGCAUACCUGGCUCCUUACUUGACGAGGAGGAAGAGCAGGAUGAAGAUGAUGUUGCUCCCUUGCCGCCCUCUCUCACUCGUAAAACCCGAACAGGCGCCUCAACUAAAGCUAAACCUGCAAAGGACGAAAAGACGCCUGCACGCCGGUCGUCCAGGUUGUCGACGACUUCGUCAGUAGCUUCCAUGUCACCAGAACCGUUAUCGCCUCCUGUGAGGACGACCAAAACUAGGAAAAGCAUGCGAACUUCGACGGCGAGUGCUGGUGCGGCCUCUGCGACACGGAGUAGCUCAAGAAGAAAAGCCGUUAAAAGUUGAGAUUGUAGUCGUGUUGAGUGCAGUCGACUUCCAUAGUUUUCAGUAUUUCCAUACCCUUGCUAUCUGUGGUCAUACUCGUUGUGUGUUGUGGCUAACUAAUGUUGGUGCUGACGAAGGUAUCAUUUCCCUGCGCGUUCAUGUUUACCAUUUGGUUUUAUUCUAGCACGAGAAAUUUAGUCUUCCCUGGACCAACAGAAGGAAGAUAUCAGGCACCCGACUUUUCGACAUGGAUGGUGAAGCAAUG